GCGACAACCCACUCUAUUUACCUCGUAACGGAAGUGUAGAAAUAUCAUUUCGACCAACUGUUCCCAUCGGUUGUUACAAAGAAUUAAAGGAGCACCCAACAAUUCCCUGCUAUUCGAAAGCAUUCCUGUUUGUAAAAGAUGUUUCGCAAUGCACCGUGGACAAUCAAUUAAUCAGCAGGCCUAACAUCUAUGGAAUCCAAGCACGUUGUGGACUUACUUUUGAGGGUUGUUUCCCGAAUGAACUGCCUUGUACGAAAACAAUGAAGAGUGCUGCAAUGACCAUCACAGCACCAUACUUCAGCGAUGCUGACCCUAAUUCGUAUAAACUGCGACUGACUACCAGUGGCACAGGAACGCAUUCCAUAUGGAAGAGAUACAUAGUUAAAGAAGUAACGGUCCUUAUCAAAGAUAACGUUAACUACAAGAACACAGCAUGUUACUCACGUGCAGACCUUCACAUGAAAACAGCUGACGGAAGAUAUUAUGAAAUGAACGAUUAUGCUGAAGAAUUCAUACUUUACUGGAAUAUGAAAUACAAUACCAUGGUACAGAUGAAAACUGUGCGUUGUGAUAACGACAGAGCCAACUGUACUUGUGCAGUUUCAGUUCGGGCUGGUGGUGAUAUUUUCCUGAUAAAUUUAUGCAACGGUAUGAAAUUCAUUGGAAUGACGACAUGUAACGAUAACCUUCUAGAUAUUCAAAAGUACAGCGAUUUGGAGUAUCAGAUGCUGAAGUAUUUUCUUAUCCCCAAACAAAUGUCUGUACUUACUUUUACCGGGACAGUGAUAAAAAUCCACAUAACACAACUGCCGGAUUACGACGACAUGUUGAACAUAGAUCUAGAUAUUAAAAUGGCGCCGAAGGAUUUCCAGUCUAUUUCUGGAUUAUGUGGAACGUUUGACUCGGAUAGCGGGAACGAUUUUCACACUAGAAAUGGGACUGUCACUGAUCGGGCAACAUUUAUUAAUGCUUGGAGAUACCAUUCCACAGCCACAAGUAGUGCCACGUCAUCAACCGGUAUAUUUAGAGAAGAUAGAACCAUUAUAGUUGUCACAAUGCUUGCACUAGGUACUGCCGGGAUAGCCAUGGCUACAACAGUAACUAAAAGAUCGUUUAGAAUACACAACGUUUGA